AUGAGAAGAACUUCUUCUACAAUUUGCACUUCUCUCUACAUUUUUCUUGGUUUACUGUCUGUUAUUACAGUGCUUGGAAACAUACUUGUAAUAAUCUCAAUCAUUUACUUUAAGCAGCUCCACACACCAUCUAACUAUCUGAUCGUCUCUUUGGCUGUGACUGACCUGCUUGUUGGGGUUGUAGUCUUUCCUCUAAGUGUUUCUUUUUCACUCAGCUCCUGUCUGCAUUACAGAAGCUUAUUCUGCAAAAUACGAGACAGCUUUGAUGUCAUACUGAGCUCAACCUCCAUUUUAAAUUUAUGCUGUAUUUCUGUUGACCGAUACUACGCGGUGUGCCAGCCUCUGACAUACAGAUCAAAGAUAAACAACAGUGUUGUUCUGGUUAUGAUCUUUAUAAGUUGGGGAGUUUCUGUGCUUGUUGCGAUCGGUUUUGUUAUUGCAGAGUUAAAUCAGGACAAAUGUCAAGAUAAUUGUUUUUCUGAUGCUGUGCUUGAAAAAAUUUUGGCCCCUGUUAUCUCAUUUUAUUUACCAGUGAUCAUAAUGCUGUACAUCUACCUGAGAAUAUUUCUUGUUGCACAAAAACAGGCUCGCAGCAUUCAGAUUACAUCAAAGUCAGGAGAAUCUGCCAGCAACACAGAAAAGAAGGCCACCAAAACUCUGGCUAUAGUUAUGGGGGUAUUUCUAAUGUGUUGGUUUCCAUUCUUUCUUUGUUUUUCUUUCCAGCUAUUAGGUGGUGUUUCAGUGAUGGUGUAUGAAUCUCUUAACUGGCUUGCACUGUCCAAUUCAAUGCUCAAUCCAUUUAUAUAUGCUUUCUUUUACAGCUGGUUCAGGUCAGCAUUCAAAAUUAUCAUUUCUGGAAGAAUUUUUCAGGGUAAUCUUCCUGACACAAAACUUCUUUGAAGAAAGUUUGAACA